GCCUUAAACCCUGACAAAUGGAAGCCCUUUAUACUUCGACUGGAUUUUACCGCAAAAGAUUCUCCAACGACAAUUUUGUAGGCGGAAUUCAUUCUCCAGAAAUUUCUUCAUCGGUAAACAUCCACACACGAGAGAAAUGGUGUGGUUUCAGUGUGAUGACUGUGGAGACAACUUGAAGAAACCAAAGCUGCCUAACCACUUUAGGACCUGCUCUGCAUCCAAGCUAUCGUGCAUUGACUGUGGAGAAAUAUUUGGGCGACAAAAUGUUGAAAGCCAUACCCAGUGCGUCACAGAAGCUGAAAAAUAUGGUCCAAAGGGACAAGGGAAAGCUAUUAAUGGCUCAAAUAAUAAGCCUAACGGUGCUUCAAAACAGAAACCAGAUAUUGAUAUACAUGUUGGAUUAUCUCAACGUGCCCCAUGGUCUUGCAGUCUGUGUAAUACCAAUGUUACUAGUCAGCAAACCCUGCUUCUCCAUGCAGAAGGGAAGAAGCACAUAGCAAAAGCAAAAGCUUUUCAUGCAGCGAAGCAGCCAAAACAGAGUGAAGGAAACCUUUUGGAGAGUGAUGUUCCAGCUGAAAACAAUGCAAAGAAUGAAGCUGUCGAAGCCACUGAGGAAGAAAAAGAACAGAAGCCGUCUAAUACUAUUGCUGCGAAGAAGGACAACUCUGUGGCAGAAAAUGAUAAUUUGCAGUUGAGUAAGAAGAGAAAGCUCAAGGUGUCUGAAAAUGUCGAUGCCAGGCAAAUACCUGUGGUUGAUAUGCCUGAUGAAUCGGGCAAUGGCGAAAUUAUCCAUGUUAGAGAAACCAAAAUGAAAAAAUUGAAAGAGAAGGAUAAGAAAGAUGAAGAAGUUGUGUCUGAAGACAAGAAGUCAGUGAAUCCCUCUCCUAAAAACGAAGAUGACAAGAAGAAAAUAAAGUGGAAGAAGCUGAUUACUUCAUCCCUGAAAUCUAAUCCUGAUGGCUCACUGAAAUUCAAGAAACUGAUAAAACUUGUUUUGAAGUCUCUCAAGGAAUCUGGCUCAAUAGUUGAGGAAAGCAGAGUUGCUGAAAUUCUUCAGCAAAAGAUCAAUUCCAGUUCCAGAUUUGAUAUUGAUGGCAAGUAUGUACGAUUAGCAGUGAAAAGUUAAGAACAGAUGUGUGAGUGUAGAGCGAACCCAUCAUGAAAAUAUGAGUUCUGAUUGCUGUAUUGCUUCGGUUUGAUCAAACUAUUGAUCACCCAUUUUAUUUGAGGCUGAACUGGAACAAGUCUCAUAUUUUGUUGUCCCUGGUGCAUUUUUGCACGAGUACCGGGUCGGAAAAGUUUUUGAGCCCUAUGGAUCUAAUUUUUGUACUUAGCCUUCUCCUAUGAUGGUAAACCGUCAGGGACUUGUAAUCUAAUUUUUGUGAGAUAUUGGUGGUGUAAAGCAUAAAGCUAAUCGUUGAAUUCGGAUUCCUCUGUCCUGCGUA